AUGUUUGGCGUGCACGUUCCCAAAAGUGGUACCAACUCCGGCACCGUCACUGAGGCACGUCGAAGCCAGGUCGUGCACCUUCCCCCUCGAUUGCUUCUCCCCAGUCUCGCCCCAAAACUACCGGCACCAAUCGUUGCCAUUCUCCUCUCACCCCUGGCAGUCACUGCAGGCGACUCGAGCUCAGCUCAGAUCCAUUCCAAUAUCGACCGCCAAGCGAUUGAUACCAGCUGGAGCCACUCCACGAACGGUACAACGAGCAUUUGCCAGAUUAAAGGCGAUGAUGCAGCAUUGUGGGGCUGCGCCGUCCACCGCCACCCGUCCCUAGGUGAGGGCUCACUCCCCACAGCUACCGGCCCGUCAACCUUGGUGCGUCAGAGCUUCAUCGCUAAUGGCAGUCUAAUUACCUCAAGCACUAUCUUUGACCAGAGUGGUUUGAAUUCGCGAAUGGCCUCGGAAAAACAACAAAAGAGGUCACAGUAA